CCUGGAUGGUAUAAAGUAGCCACAAUGAAUUAAGUUUUGGGCUUAAAUUCUUUUCACACAUUGCGAUUUUUUAAAAGUAAAGAUCAUAGUGGUAGGUCAAACGGUAAAGGUAAAUUUAAGGGAGGGCAUUAAUAAAGAUGAUUUUCUGCGUAGCAGCUUCAACGUGUUGGAUAUAUUGUACAUUAUAUAUAUAUCGUUUGUUUGAAAUCGUAAUGUAAUAGGCAGGUGGGAGAUAACAGUAUUAAUUUAUAAGUUUUGCUAUGUUAACAAGGCCUAUUUCAUACAUUCUAUGAAACCAGGGCCAGCAUCCUAAAUUUAACGCUAAAUUAGCUAGAGACUUCACCUGCCUCCAGCUCAUUGAUUGACAACGAUAGGCUAUUGUAUUCGUUUUAUAUUCAUGUAUAUAGUGUCUGUAGAUACUUGAACUGGUCGUACGAUUCAAAGCAUCGAUGGGACAAAAUCGUUGGAUUUCCGGUUACAUUAUUGCAACCAUUAUAACAUUUCUUCAAUGUGAAGAUAUAAAGAUGCGAGACAGUCCGCGGCAAUCUUGUAUUAAUUUAAAUGUACGGGAGAACAUUAUGAGGUCAUCAUUGGAAUGCCCUAAAGCGGAAUCACCUCAUCAAGAAUGUAGCCCAGAACAAUAUUCAAAAUCAAGGUGGGGGACAGACAACUAUGUUGAAUAUCAACCAGGGUCGACUUCAUCUAAGAUAAUUCUUCUUGUACCCCACGGAGGAUAUGAGAUGCCUAAGCACAUUCCAAAAAGGGUAAAUGGAUGUAGGAUAAAUGGUGAAUGCAUUUACUCUCACAGUUGUCCUAAUGUUGGGGAAUCCACAGAUUGUUCAGCAGGGUGGACAGGGAGCGAUGAAUAUACUCUUAAACUAAGCAAUGCUAUAGCUGAUUCAGUACACACCAUAACGGGUUAUCGACCACAUCUAAUUGCUAAUCAUCUCUACAGAGAUAGAAUGGAUGCAAAUAGACCAAUGAGUAAGGCGACGUUUAUGGAUCAAAAUGCAAUGACUGUUUGGCAGGAGUUCCAUAGUUAUAUUGAGGAAGCUAAAUCUAUAGUAGGGACGGGAUUGUUGUUGGACAUUCACGCCCAUGGCAGGCGUAAUAAUUGGAUACAACUGGGGUAUACUUUGCCUGGGGAUGAUCUGAACAGUGAAACGUUACUGAACGCCUCAAAAUCGUCAGUAUAUCAUAGGAGUCUACAUACGGGUGUCCCCUUUGAGGAGUUUCUUCGCGGCAAUGAAAGUUUGGGUGGUUUAUUUGAGAGCAAUGGCUAUAUAACAGUUCCUGCACCUGGUUUAAAAGGUCCGGGGACUGAGCCUUUUUUAGCCGGCGGUUAUAACACCAUGAGGCAUGGUUCAAGACAUCAAGGCACAAUUGAUGCAAUACAGGUCGAAUUUCCACAGUACAUUAGAAGAUAUUGGAAGCGAUACGCUCAUAGCGUUGCUGAAAGCAUUGUAGAAUUUACUAAACGCUGGUACCAAUAGAAACCAUGAUCCUUGUUCGUUUGCCAAUUAUCGCUUACAAUGUUUUUUUAAAUUCUAAGGAAAACGAACGUUACAUAUAUGAGGGUUAUAUCUAUAUUUAUAGUUCUCUACACAGAUCAGUUUGGACUUCAACGCAACCUAUAUUUAUAUUAGGCAAUUUACAAUUUGUGGAAAAUAAGAAAGCAGUAAUGUGAACGAAUUAAGCCGCAAUCGGCGAUUUGGAGAGAUAUUUCCUUUCGCACUUCACAAUUUGUGUAAAAAAAGUAUCCCAUUCAUAAUCAAUUUAGCACCGGGGUUUUACUGGAUUUUUAAAGGCAUUCGAUACCACCGAAUGUGGUAAUAACACAAAGUGUAUAUGAAAUUUUAUAAUUUUAAGAGUUCAUGUAUAUGGCAUUAAAGACUCACCCUUUCUUAUUUUAAAGCUGGAAAUUGUCUAUGGUUCAAAGUAAAUAUAUUUUGGCUUCAAAUUAAUUUUAAUAUUGGUAUUACAUGCGCACCAUUACAUGUAUAUAUCAAGAAAGAUAGGGUGGUACUGAAUCAUUUAUUGCUAUUUAUCUAUUGGUAUUACUGUACACAAAUACGUGUUUUGCAUUAUUUACAGUUGUACACUCCCCUCCAUAAGUUU